AUGGCCUCCUCCAAGGAAAUGCAACAAGCCUCGAGGCCAUUGACCCAUCGUCCCUCGAUCACUGCCAUUCCCGCCGCCGGCGGUCUGACACCCCGACAAAGCCACUCACGCAACAACUCGCACUCGAUCCUCUCGAGUUCGCUCAAUACCAACCAUCGCGUCACCCGGCGCAAGAGCAUGACCAAUCCCGCCGCCAAUGUUGCCGCGGUCGCCGCCGCCAUGCAGGAGGCGGGUGACAAGGCUACGCCUCUGCCCAUCCUGGGGGCUCGCCGCAACACCAUGUCCAAGUCUGGCACCCCGAGGUCCGCUCUGACCGGCAGCCUGCCUUCUCCACCCGCCAGCCUGCCUACACACCGAUUCGUGAACCCAGAGGGGAAGAUGGAAAUGCAGGGAAGCGCCAUUGAAGACGAUCUCAACGACGUCUCGGACCGCGAAUCCGACUUCCAAAAGGCCCGGGUUCGGAGAGCCAGCGACGGCCAACCGCUGGUCAAGGAGGGCAGAAAGAACAGCCGCGUCGAGCUCCGUUGCGACAAGUGCGGAAAGGGCUACAAGCACAGCAGUUGUCUGACCAAGCAUUUGUGGGAACACACUCCCGAGUGGUCCUUCACAUCGAAGCUGCUCAUCUCCAAGCACCAACAGGUUCAGCUUCUCGAGGCUGCCUCGGUCUUGGUGGCGAUGAACAACGUGCCUAAGGACGCAACAACCCCUCCCGACUCGGCUAGGGAUUUUGCCAGCGAGCGGGACUCGACGUCUCCGGCAGCAUCGGGCUAUUCGGAUCAGCAUGAUGGUCGCAGCUCGGCCGAUACCACACCCCCACCGCAACUGGAAGGGUUCAAUUCGCAAGGCUAUCGCAAUCCGGAUGCCAAGAGGUUCAGCGCUAGCAGUGGCUUCACUCCGUCGUACCAGUCGGGGCCUUUCUCUGGGUCCAUCUCUGGGAGCAUUCCCAAUGCCCACUUGUUCGGGCACCAGCGUCAGCCCAGCCAGGAUCAGCGGCCCCUUUCGUCUGGCAAGAGUAACACGGGCCAAGAGGAUAGGGACCUGGCGGCUGCUGUUGAAUUGCUGAGCUGCAGCUUCAACAGUAACAACGGGUCGCGCCCUGUCCAGCUGCCGGCCGAUGCCCCGCCUGUUCCUCCGCUGCCGGCUCAGUAUCUUGGCCAGGCGGCUUUGUCAGGGACCAGCUUCAUCAACAGCUUCCCGAGUCGUGCUCCAGAGAGUUUCACGCGCGGGGAGUCUCGACACGAAGACACGCGGAUGGAAGGAAGCGGCGAGAGCACCAUGGAUGACGAUGACGACGACGACAUGCAGUCCCGCGCUCGCAGCGACGAGGACGAUGACGGCGUCUUUGGGCGGAUGGAGGAAUAG